CUUGAACUGCGUGUGUAUGUGUCUCCGUCCGGGGCGAUGGGUGAGAAGCAAGAUCUCCAGCCAUGGGCCACGGCCACCACGGUCUCUGUGACGGUGUUGGCUUUUAUUUGUGUUGUUCUGCGGGUGAUCUCCCGUUUAGAACGCAAGCAGAAAUUAUGGUGGGAUGACUGGAUGAUUAUUUUCUCUAUGUUAUGGAACUUCAUUGUCGUUGGCUUCAUCUUUGCCAUGAUUCACGAGGGCAUGGGAAUCCACGCCGACAAACUCCCUGCCUCUCAAAUCAUCCUGAUUGCCAAAUAUCUCGUGGUCGCUGAAAUCCUCUACGUCUUCAACCUGGUCUGGACCAAGCUCAGCAUUCUCCUUAUGUACUACCGCAUUUUCCGCUUCCCUUACUUCAAGAAAUGGGCCUACGCCAUCGGCACUUUUGUCAUUCUCUGGGUCAUCUGCAUCACUUUCCUAUUCAUCUUCAUCUGCGUCCCCGUCCAGAAACUCUGGUACCCCAGUCUCCCCGGCCACUGCAUCAGUCAAGUCGGCACCUGGAUCGCCAACGCAACCUCCACCAUCGCCACAGACCUCAUCAUCCUAUUCCUCCCUCUCCCGCAAGUCUGGAAGCUCCAGCUCCGACUGUCCGAGAAGAUCGCUCUCACUGUCGCCUUUGGCCUGGGUUUCUUCGUAAUCUUCGCCUCCGCCUACCGCUUCACCGUCCUAUUCAGCUACACUUCCGCUGACUCAAGCUACACCCUCGCCCCAACCGUCGGCUGGACGGCAAUCGAAAUGUCCGCUGGCAUCGUCUCCGCCUGUCUCCCCACCCUGCGUCCAGCGCUCCAACUCGCCGCCCGCAAACUCGGCCUCAAAUCCGCCCUCGUGCCUGCUCUAUUCCGCAGUCGCACCUCUCCACUCUCCAAGUCCGGCGAUAGCCAGAUGCCCGCUGACAGCACGGGCAGCACGGCGGGCAUGACGGCGGCGCGCGCCAAUCGCCACUCCUUCUACCAUCUACCUGACGACGAGGGAGGUGUGGGCGUCACACAGAAGCAGAUCAAGUUGGAUGCGGUGUUGCGGCCGAAACACGAUCGCGGCCUGACGGUCACGAAUAUUAGGGGGAGUAGGGGAGCGAGUGGGUUGGAAGGGGAUGAGGUGCCGUUGCAUGGGAUUAUGGUAUCCAAGGAUUUUAGGCAGGAUGGAUAG